AAGAAGAUUUUAUUAAAUGUUUAGCUUCAACUUAUUUAGGGGAAUUUCAUUUACCCGGAGUUGAAUUAAGAAAAAAAGGAUUAAAUCGAAUUGGUAAUUUAAUAGUUCCAAAUGAUAAUUAUUGUAAAUUUGAAGAUUGGAUUGUUCCAAUUUUAGAUCAAUUAUUAAAAGAACAAAAGGAUGAGGGAACAAUAUGGUCACCAUCAAAAAUUAUUGAUAGAUUAGGUAAAGAAAUAAAUAAUCCUGAAUCUAUAUAUUACUGGGCACACAAAAAUAAAAUACCAGUAUAUUGUCCUGCCAUAACAGAUGGAUCAAUAGGAGAUAUGAUCUAUUUUCAUUCUUUCAGGAAUCCUGGACUUUUAUUAGAUAUUGUUUCUGAUAUUAGAUCUAUAAAUGAUCAAGCUGUAUUUGCUAGGAAAACUGGAAUGAUUAUAUUAGGAGGUGGUAGAAAUGGAGCAGAUUAUGCAGUAUAUAUAAAUACUGGACAUGAAUUUGAUGGAAGUGAUUCAGGAGCGAGACCUGAUGAAGCAGUUAGUUGGGGUAAAAUUAAAAUGAAUGCUGAUUCAGUUAAA